UUUGUUGAACUGUACUAAACGUCAUAGGGCAAAUAGGAGGAACUGAUGUAGCUUAGUAAAUCUUCUUAGCCAGAUCCUGUAGACGAGGAGCUAGUUGUUAAAUCCAUGCUGACAUAACGAGUAGUUACUAUACGAUUCCGGAAAGCAGUGCAACAUUGUAGAGUUCUUCCCAGUGCCGUGGCCCUGGGACCUCUGUGUUACGGAAAGCUGAUCAGGGCGUCUGUCAGAGGCAGAAUCCACGCUGCUCGCCUCCAGGUGCAAGUAAAACUGCAAAUUCUGUUCAGGAUUAUUACUCUAUGUGGUGGGUGUGAUAUAGGUGUGGAACUACUACUUAAUGCAUAGAAGCUGUUUAUGCUGCUAGAUUACCCCAGCACCGACCUACCUGCACUAUGUCUGGCCUGUACAGCCUACCUGUGGUCUGACUGGCUGAUAUCGCUUGCCUGUACCCUUUCUGGCUCAAACCAUCUACCAUUGCAGUUAUAUUUUGUGUAUUGUCCAUAUCAUCAAUUGCUGCAAGGGCCCCAACUCACCUGCCAGAAUUGGCACUUGGACACAUCUCAAGAUAUUGCAUAUUAAAACGUGUAUGUACUGAGAGAGUGAAGCUACUGUUGGAUCACCUAUGAUUGCUUGUGCUGGUUGCUGUUGCUAGCACUGGCUGAAAUGGAAUUACUCUGACAGUCCAAGUUAGGGUUAGGCCACACCUAUUUUAUUGUCAUUCUACUGGCCAGCGAGAGACCGUCAUGCAUGUACUUUCUGAAAUUUAAAUUAAACAAGACUUAUACCAGUACUGUUCCAAGACCAUCGUAUUUAAUUUUAAACCAAACUAAACUUUUGUUGUGUCAGUAUGAAUCUUAUGCAGGCUUAACAAACCUGGAUCAUCUACAGAGGCCAGAAGUCUAUUGUAAUCACUGUAAAACUCAACACUGGCUUUUAUAGCUUUUGCAUAACUAGGACCGGAAAACUUGAACUGUAUAUCUCAAGGGAUAAUCCUUCAACUGAUAAAGGAAAUCAAGGACAGCAUUCAACAUGUCUCAGGAUGAGAGAGCCAAGCAAAUCCUAAAGGGAUUCAAACUGAACUGGAUGAAUCUCCGAGAUGCAGAAACUGGGAAAAUUUUGUGGCAGGGUACAGAGGACCUGUCGGUUCCAGGGGUUGAACACGAAGCUCGAGUACCAAAGAAAAUUUUAAAGUGUAAAGCUGUUUCUAGGGAGCUAAAUUUCUCUUCUGCGGAGCAGAUGGAGAAGUUCAGACUUGAACAGAAAGUAUACUUCAAAGGUCAAUGUCUAGAAGAGUGGUUCUUUGAGUUUGGUUUUGUGAUACCCAAUUCCAUGAACACCUGGCAGUCCCUAAUAGAGGCUGCGCCUGAAUCUCAGAUGAUGCCAGCAAAUGUUUUAACUGGUAAUGUUGUCAUAGAAACCAAGUUCUUCGAUGAUGACCUUCUCGUUAGUACUUCCAGAGUUAGACUCUUCUACGUUUGAAGACAUACAAAAGAGUGCAGAUCACGCACUAUUGCUGAUGAGUCCUUGAACUACGUUUUAGACUUUGCUCUCUAAAUCUAGCCCAGCCUUGGAGUGACCACAGCAAUCAAGGCAAUGUGUUUGGACAGUGCUUUGCACCUCUUCAGCACCCUAAACAGGAAGCGGCAGCACUGCACUCUAAUAUCUGCCCUUUAAACUUGCAAUAUGCUGGUACUUUUGGCUUGCUUAUGUUUACAGGCAGCUCCUAGAAUUAUGGAGAUUUCAGAAACCACAAAAAGUUGCAGUAUCUGUCACUUUUGUCUCAUGGAGUCUGUCAGUGUCAUAUGUUAACUAGUUCUGCAUUUUAAUUCGUGAACAAAUUAACUGCUUCAAGGGCCUCUAAAAUGAACACAUUUUUUAAAAGCUAUUGUGUUACCACAUAACAUUAAAAUUAUUAUAGUGUUGCUUUGCUGUCAAAGGGAACAUAAAGCCAGAGCGUAAUCUAGGCUUAAAUAAGAAUUUCUGGAUUCGAACUCCCAACUAGCCCAUAGCUCUUAGUCUAUAACAAGGUUAUAUAUUUUAGUAGUCACCAUACUCUUGUUCUAGGAAUAUCUAGAAAUAAUACAAAUACUCUGUAAUUAAUUCUAACUAGCCUUUAGCCUGAGCACUCUUUGCACUGCUUUAGGCACAGCUAGGAGCCUAGUAGUUUGGGGAACCUCUGCCCUAAAUUAUACCAUUACAUGGAUACAGUCUUUUUAUUUUUUAUUUUUUUAUUUUUGUGGAAUUGAUACUUUGUGUAGUUUUUGUGAGACCAAGUAAGCCUUAGAGCACCUUGUGAUUACAUUUUCUUUGCUAGCUUCAGUGACUAUUACUUUGAGAGACCAACAGCAUCUUGUUAUUGUUACAAAUAAGCAAUAAAUAGGUGUUAGAAAAAGCUUAACACAGUGGUGCCUGAGUUAAAAAAAAAAAAAAAAAAAAAAAGAAUUAGGAUUUUUUCAUUGGAUUAUUAAAAAUUCCAAUGCUGAUGGCCUAUGUUUCCUUUAUAAAAGAGUGACUAGCAUGUAGAAACCUGCUCUGCACAUUUCAUGGCUCAAAUUUCUGUAUAACUGGCAUUAUUUUACCUCAUCUUUGCCUUCCAUGUGAUGCAUUGGUUUCUACAGGCAUUGCUUUGAAUGAGAUAAAUGAAGCUAAUGUUGAUACUUAUUGGUAUAUAAAAUGGCCAUGCACAAGACAAUGUACCACGUUUUAGGUUUUGGGGUUCUUCUUUCAGUUCCCCUAAAUGGAUAGUACAUAAAUUAAAAGGAACCUAUAGACUAUAUGCAAGCUACACCUGCCUGCGGGAGACACCACCGGAGAGUAGAACAUAGUACAACAACAUUAGUUGCAUUGUUUUAGAAAACUAAAUAUAAUUGAUUGUUUAAUGCCCUAUUCUAAAAAAAUGAUGGUGCUUUGGCUUUCUACUUUUAAUAAAGUGGAAGAAAGGUCUGUGGCACACCACACAUCUCUCUGGUAUAUCUGUUUUUACAUGUAAUGUAAAAUGUGAAUCAUUCCUGGGCCAUUCUCUCUAACUAUAGCCUAUGGCCUGCCUAUAGUCUGUGUCAAAUGCCUGUGUGUCAAAUGCCUCUGUCAUAGCCCUUAUAAAUGCUCAAAUUACCACAGCAAAUAGUGGCAUGCCUAGAACUAAUAAUCCAUUUGUUUCCUACAUUAUGUAAUUAAAAAAAAAAAAAA